AUGAUUAAUCAUUUGAGAAGAAAAAUAUUUUUCAGUAGUUACUUAUUACCUUAUAAAUUUUUAAAGCAAAAAUGUCUUAACAGGAAAAGACGUUUAUUUUUGUGUAGCUCCUCACAAAAAGAUCAUUGUAAUUUAAAAGGAAGAAGUGCGUUGGAUUAUUCUUCUGAAUGUGUUUUUUAUAUGAAUAAUAAGAAAAAGGAUAUGUACAAUAUAACAACUUACAGCGGUAAUUAUAAAAAUUGCAGAGAAUUGUUCAAAGGAAGAGAAAGAGAAAGUGAAAAAGCAAAUGAGAGAGAAAGAGCAAAUGAUAGUGAAAGAGAAAAAAAAAAGGUUAAAGAAUAUAUGUACUACCCAGAAAGCAACUCCUUUCCGUAUGCGACGGUCUGCAUUAUUUUAGGGAUGAUAGGAAUUUCAUCUUUCUUUAAAAUUUUGAUUUACAACUUGAAAGAUUGUGAAAAUGAAGAGAGUAUAAUAUUUCAAGUAGAUAAAAUAUUAGCCUAUUUAGAUAACUAUUUUAUUAUUCAUAAUUUUGAAGAAAAAGAAGGAAAAGAAGAAGAAUAUGAUAAAAAGAUAAAUAAUAAAAAUGACUUGAUUAAUAUAAAGUAUAUAACAUCCCAAUUUUUUACAAACGAAAAUAUAUUACAAUGCGCAGUGCAGCUGUCCACCUUUUUUUUAGCUUCUCGUUUUCUUGAAAAAAAACUUGGUUCUCUAAAAUAUUUUUCUUUAUUUUUAUGUGGUUCAUUCCUUUCCAAUAUUAUUACUUUUUAUUUUUUUAAAUACAUUAAGAAAGUACAAUUAUUAAAUUUCGUAGAUUUUGUGCUUAUACAUCCUUCUGGCUCAAUGGCCUUCAUAUGCGCCCUUUGCUCCUUAUGUUUCAAAAAUUGUUCUGUUUGGAAAAAUAUACCUAUACACUGUUCCAUCUUGAUUGUACCCUAUUUGUUUUCAAGCUUCUAUGGACUCUUAUUAUUGUAUAAAAUUAAAGGGAAUUCUACAGAUGAUACGAAAUAUGGAACAGGUGGUAUAAAAAAUGAUUUAAGUGGUUACGCAAAGGACGGCCUUCUGGAGCAUUCAGAGUUCGCUUUAGAAAGUAAGUCACCACAGAGCAGCAGACGGAUAAAUAAUAGUCGUACUAACGAAAUGACGGAUGAAAAAUAUGAUAAUGAAAAAAAACAAGGAAAUGACUUCAUAUAUGGUAGACAUAAUUAUAAUAACGAAUAUCUAUAUAAUAAGUACAAUGUUCAUAACAACCAAAAUGAAGCUUUAAACACACUAAAGAAUUUUCUAACCAUUAAAGCUUGUGACUCAGUAAUGAAGAAGAGAAAAAAAGAAAACAUGUUUUUAAAUAAAAAAAUACAAAAUCUAAAAAAAAAAGCACUUGAGAAUCUUAACGAAAUAAGUAAUAAAUCGCACAAACUAUUUUUUGGUCUUUCUUCUUCUUUUACUGAUAUAUUUGGCAUAAUUUUAGCCACCGCAGUUUUUUUCUUAAAAUUUUUGAAGUGA